AUGGAAUUGACGAAUAAGAAGGCAAUGAUGAAGUUAGCUUUAAUGGUUUUCCUCUUGAGCUUCACCACAAAUGUUGUUACCGCUCGUUUCAAUUCAACUUCCUUCAUAACUCAAGUUCUCUCCAAUGGUAAUGAUGACAAAUCAGCAUGUUGUGAUGUGUGCCUCUGCAUAAAAUCAAACCCUCCUUCCUGUCGCUGUUUUGAUGUUAGAGAAACGUGUCCCUCAGCAUGCAACCAAUGCCUCUGUACAACUUCUCUUCGUCCAUUGUGCCAGUGCUUUGAUACCUUUGACACCUGCAAUGAAGCAUGUGACAACUCUGAGAAUUGA